AUGUCUAUUUCCAAUGUCGUAUUGGAACCUCGUAUUAGAACCCGCGAUUCAAUUUUUUACUUGGUUGCGGACGGAUUACCAGGUGUUCAGAAAUCAGAAAUUUUUCAGCUGUGUGAUGAAGUUGAUAUACUGUCUCAUCAAUUAGCUGACCUUUGUGGCCAAGGCUUGGGCAAUUCUCCUCAAGCCCAAGAAGUAGCCAGGAAACUUUCCCAAAAAUUACACGAGCUUAAGGAAAAAAUUAAUCAAGCCGUAGUGAAUAGAGUAGUAGAAGAUUUCAUUGACAUCGUUACUCCUUUAAAACAAUUUACCGAAGCGGCUCUAGCUCCUGAGGGAACCCCCAAUAGAGAUCAGAGCUUUUCUGACAAAGCUGCUAAUUUGCAACACUUUUCAAAUAGAUCAGUCAAAACAGCUAAAAUGGUGGCAGCAGGUAGGUGGUUUUGGAUAUUUUUAAAUUCUCUAAAAAAUAACAUUUCCAUAGCCGAAUAUAUUAUAUAA